ACAUGAGAGAAUGGGCCAACGGGACACCCCGGCAGGACACCCCAGGGAUGGAUAGAAGGGAGAGGCAAAUGGAUUUACAGUGAAGAUAAAAAAGCCAGAGGAACAGAGCAAAGGGCUGAGAGAAGAGGCAGCCAUGCUGGAGACUAGGGCAAUAGGGCACUUGCGCUGGUGUGUGGGGGGACACUGCUCUUGGGACACAGUAAGGGGUCUCAGGACCAAAUCUACACACUUCUCCACAGUUCAACUUGCUCAGGAUUCCCAAAGCCUGACCUCUGCCAAAGCCCAGAGCCUUCCCUUCAAGUCUAUUCCCUGCACCGGGCGCAACGCUUGGGCAAACCUAGCCCGUUACUGGAAGAACAACAGCUUCCAACAGCUGCACCUUGUCAUGGAGGGCCACUUCCAGAACCUGGGGCCCAUAUACAGGGAGACCCUAGGAACGCACAGCAGUGUGAAUAUCAUUCACCCCCAGGACGUGGCGCGGCUCUUCCAAUCGGAGGGGGUAUUUCCCCGCAGGAUGGGGAUUGAGGCGUGGGCAGCUCACAGGGAUCUGCGCAACCACAAGUGUGGAGUCUUCCUCCUGAAUGGAGAGGACUGGCGCUCGGAUCGCUUAAUCCUAAACAAGGAGGUGCUGAGCUUGACUGGGGUGAAAAAGUUCCUUCCCUUUCUGGAUGAAGUGGCCAAUGACUUUGUGUCCUUUUUAAUGAGACGAAUCAACAAAAACACCCGGGGGACACUGACAGUGGACCUUUAUGCUGAUCUGUUCCGAUUCACAAUGGAAGCCAGUGGUUACGUUCUGUAUGGGCAGCGCCUUGGGCUCCUGGAGGAACACCCCAAUGAGGAUUCUCUUCGUUUCAUCCGAGCUGUAGAGACAAUGAUAAAAACCACCCUACCCCUUGUGUACCUGCCGCACCAACUCCUGCGCCUGACUGACAGUGCCCUCUGGACUCAGCACAUGGAGGCCUGGGAUGUCAUUUUCCAGCAGGCGGACAGAUGUAUCCAGAACAUCUACCAAGAGUUCUGCCUUGGGCAAGAGAGGGGAUACUCGGGAAUCAUGGCGGAACUGUUACUACAGGGAGAACUUCCUCUGGACUCCAUUACGGCCAAUGUCACAGAACUGAUGGCUGGAGGGGUGGACACGACGGCCAUGCCUCUCCUCUUCACUCUCUUUGAACUGGCCCGGAACCCAUCGGUGCAACAGGAAUUGAGGGCAGAGAUAAAGAGGGCAGAAGGUCAGUGUCCUAAAGAUAUGAACCAGCUACUUAACUCAAUGCCACUUCUGAAAGGGGCCAUCAAAGAAACCCUAAGGUUAUACCCCGUGGGCAUUACAGUACAGCGUUACCCUAUGAAGGACAUUGUUCUGCAGAAUUACCACAUCCCAGCAGGGACUCUGGUGCAAGUGGGUCUGUACCCGAUGGGGCGCAGCUCUGAGCUCUUUCAGAACCCCCUGCGUUACGACCCCACGCGCUGGAUGCGCAGAGAUGAAACCAAUUUCAAGGCGCUGGCGUUUGGAUUCGGUUCUCGCCAAUGCAUUGGGCGCAGGAUCGCCGAGACAGAGAUGAUGCUCUUUCUGAUGCAUAUGAUCAAGAACUUCCAGAUCAACACCGUUUGUAAAGACGACAUCAAGACUGUGUUUCGAUUUAUUCUGAUGCCGGAAAAACCUCCGCUUCUCACCUUUCGACCAGUAUGAGCUGGAACCCAGGUCUCCGCAAAUUGGGCAGCACCCUACAGCCAAUAAUAAGACUAGUAAAGCCAAUAAUAAGACUAGUAACAGAGAGUUAAACCCCAAAGAACAUCUACCCACAAAUCUGAAAAGAGCAAUGAAAAAAGCACCUCCCAAAAACAAAUCUUUGGUAACAAGAUUUCACUUUCCAGGAACAAUCUGACAAUUUCAUCUCUCAAGAAUUAUUAUUUCUCAGGAACAAUUUGUUUACAAGAUUAGACAUCUCCCAAAAAUAAUCCUCCGACAAGAAGUCAUCUCCCAAAAACAAAUCUCAGCCAAAAAAUUAAUCUCCCAAAAACAAAUCUCAGCCAAGAAUUAAUUUCCCAAAAACAAAUCUCAGCCAUGAAUUAAUUUCCCAAAAACAAAUCUCAGCCAAGAAUUCAUCUCCCAAAAACAAAUCUCAGCCAAGAAUUAAUUUCCCAAAAACAAAUCUUAGCCAAGAAUUCAUCUCCCAAAAACAAAUCUCAGCCAAGAAUUCAUCUCCCAAAAACAAAUCUCAGCCAAGAAUUCAUCUCCCAAAAACAAAUCUCAGCCAAGAAUUAAUCUCCCAAAAACAAAUCUCAGCCAAGAAUUCAUCUCCCAAAAACAAAUCUCAGUCAAGAAUUAAUUUCCCAAAAACAAAUCUUAGCCAAGAAUUCAUCUCCCAAAAACAAAUCUCAGCCAAGAAUUCAUCUCCCAAAAACAAAUCUUAGCCAAGAAUUCAUCUCCCAAAAACAAAUCUCAGCCAAGAAUUCAUCUCCCAAAAACAAAUCUCAGCCAAGAACUCAUCUCCCAAAAACAGAUCUUUGCCAUGAAUUCAUCUCCCAAAAACAAAUCUUAGCCAAGAAUUCAUCUCCCAAAAACAGAUCUCAGCCAAGAACUCAUCUCCCAAAAACAAAUCUUAGCCAAGAAUUCAUCUCCCAAAAACAAAUCUCAGCCAAGAACUCAUCUCCCAAAAAACAAUUUUCUGAGAAGAAUUCACCCCACAAAAUCAUUCAUCUAAAAAGGAUUCAUUUUCAGAAAAUCUUCUAAUAAGAAUUCACCUCCCCAACAAAAGAAUUCAGUUCCCAGGAACAAUCCUCCGACAGGAAUUCACCUCCCAAUAAAUUAUCUUCUGAGAAGAAUUCACCCCACAAAACCAAUCAUCUCAAAGCCUUCAGUUACCAGGUCCAACCUUCUGAUGAGAAUUCAUCUCCCAUAAACAAUCCUUGGACAAGAUUUUAUUUCCAAAAACCAAUCCACCAACAAGAAUUCCCUCUCCAGGAACAAUGUGACAAGAAUCCAUCUCCUAGGAAUGAUAAUUUCCCAAAAACAACCCAUUGACAAGAACGAACAUGAAGAAUCUCCAAACAAACAUUCAUCUCCCAAGGACAAUCCUUUAAACAAAAAGAAAGAAAAUAUAACAAACAUAAUGAUAAUUCCCAACAGCUUCUACUUGAGGUUUAUUUCCCAAGAAGAACCCAAUAACAGAGUCAUGUCCCCAAAACAACCCCCUAAUGAGUUUCCUGUAGGCGGAGCCGGAACGAGAGCAAAAGCAUUUUGUUGGGAGAAGCACAAGGAACAAUUUUAGACUUUAUAUUCCACUUGGAAACUGAGUACUAAUGUCCCUACUGGCACUGUGUUUCCUAUUGGCAGCUGCUACCAGUGUGCCCAUAGGGUGCCAGGGCACAGCCAUACCACAUGCCUUGGGUACCCACAGUCCUACUGCAGUAACUCUGCCCCCAGAGGGAUGUUCCUAUCGUUUCUCCCAAGGGCACACACAACGGCCAAUGCAACAGUGACGGCCAUGUCUUCUCUGAGCCCGUCUGAGCCAAUAAGAAGAAUAUCAGUUGAGUCCUUGUUAGGCAAUGUUAUUCUCUUUCAAUGCAUGAAUGGAAGAAGUGUGCAGACAUGUGACUAAAUGCAACCAAUAAACAGCUGCCCUAGUGUUCUGGA